AUGACGGAGGAUCCCGGUCCUCCAGCCGUUUCUCGGCAGCGAUCAAACAACUCCGAGCAUCUCUAUCACAAUCAAAUUCUGCAUGCUCCAAUCCACGAACCAAAGCAUGCCGCUGACAUUAAGGCUGAUGAUCUUGGGGAGAAACUAAAAAAAUGGACAGCCCAUGCUUUCGAAGAGUACGGAGAAUUUGUUGGCCGCCAUCCUGGCUAUAUUUUGACCGCAACUAUCUUAUUUACUAUUGCAACUUUACCGGGAUUUGCGUUUUUGAGGAUUAAUUUGGAUCUUUACAAAUUGUUUGUCCCUUUGGACGCUCCGGUUCGACGAGAAUUUGAAGGAUCUCAGGUAGGUUCUAUUAACCUUGUUUCUUACUAUUCCAAAAGUUACAAAAGAAAGGAAAUACCUUCAGAUUUUUAAUGCUAUGCCCGCUGGAAACUUGGAUUUCAUCCCGCCACCGAAGAAUAUAUCAACAAGGUCAAUUGAAUUCGACGAAUUACAAGUUUGGAAUGACCCACAAAAUCCGGCAGUAAUUAGGACUGGCAGAGCUACGAAUCCGAAGAAAAAGAAUCAAAAGAAGAAGUGUAAGGACCUACCGGAUCUUUACCAAUAAAUUAAUAACUACAACAACCACCGAAAGAUUCAAAAUCACUCUACUUUUUCUACUUUCAGCUGUCGAUGCGCCUAUGCACAAUGACAUUCUCCGGUUCUACGUGGUCCAUAAGAACUACGAUAACCUAUUGGAAAGCGACAUCUUGGGAAGACUUUACGACUAUACCAAUCAGAUGAUGACGGUUCGAAUGCAAUAUGAAGGAAGGGAAUGGGGUUUGGAAGACUUUUGCAAAAAAGCUCCAACUGAACCAGUAAGUCAACAAUUGUCUAUUUCACGCCGCUAAUUAAACAGCAAAGCUCUAUAACAGCAACCUUUUUAGAAAUGCAACAACCAUUUGAAUGUAUGGCUAAAACACGCCGAGAAUCUUUUCAAAAGCGAAGGAUCAAGGUUUAACCCUAAUCUUCAGUUGUCUUAUCCAGUUAUGUAUCUGUUCAACCGUCCCAAGGAUAUUGGAAAUGUAAGUUCCCAAAUCUUGGACACUGUAACCAUUUAUUCCAGAUUAUCUAUGGAGUCAACGUAACCGGGCUGAAACAUGAGAUUGUUGGAGCCAGAGUGCUCACAAUCCAUUGGUUUGUGAUGUUCCCAAUUAUUGGAAAUAGCAAAAGCGCAUACUUUGCUUAUCGCGAAAAGUUGAAUGAGUUCUGGGAGACCAAAACCGCAGAGUCAGAUAUCAAAUUCAUCCCUCACAAGUGAGUAAAAAAGCCCUCAAGUCAGGGCUUAAUAUCGACAACACGACUACUGAUAACUUUAGUGACCGCGCUAUGGACGACGAGCUCAUGUUAAUCAUCCAAACAGCCGUUCCCUUUGCCGUUCCCGCCACCUUACAAUUGAUGGUCUUCGUCUAUCUGACCAAUCUGUCCAAAGAUAUUCGAAAGUAAGCCCGGUGAUCAAAUUAUGAUACGAUUGCAAAACCUUCGAGUCUAGAAUACUUUCUGACACACUCCAUUUCCAGAUCAAAACCUAUGGAAGCCUUCUUCGGCGUAAUUUGUGUUGUCCUCGGCCUAAUCACAACAUUCGGAUUGACUUUUUACUUCGGACUCCCCUUUAAUCCCAUCUCCAGCACAAUGCCUUUCCUUAUUUUGGCUGUCGGUAAGCCGUUUCUCUAUUUUACUUAUCAAAUCAGCAUUUCGCCAUUUACCGACCUUAUUUUAGGUGUUGACGACGCAUUUUUGAUGCUGGGAGCCUGGCGAAUGACGGAUCCUAGGCUCUCGGUCGAAAAACGAAUGGGAAUCACAAUGGGAGAUGCUGGUGCUUCAAUCACUGUAACUUCCCUCACCAAUUUCGGUUGUUUCGGUAAGAAUUGUUAGAUAAUAGCAAACUAAAUCUUCCAGCUCUCGGCUACUUCCUGUCCCCAACCCCAGCUGUCGCAGAUUUCUGCACCUUGACUGCUGUGGGUGUAAUUUUGGACUACAUCUAUCAGAUCACAUUCUUCGCCGCAAUCAUGGUUUACGGAGGAAUGAGAGAAGAUCAAGGCGGAAUUAAGAGCUACUUCAACAUGAAAGACUUCAAGGCUAAUCUCAGAAUGCUCAGAAACAAGAUAUGUUGUUGUUGUCGAAGUGAAGUAGUCCCGGUGGAAGAACCUGCCAAUCAAAGUAAGGCUAAACAGAUAAGAUAAACAAAGGUCCACAAUUGGACAAUAUAACCUAAAGUCUGCUCUAAAAUACGAAGCAGAAGUUAGACACCAUUCAUUUCGCGAAAACUUUAUCCGAAUUAGGUCAAAAGUUGUAGAAAAAUCAAGAAUUUAUUAAUGUUGCACAAUGCCAAAAUUCAGGAUUUCGUAGUGAGAAAAAAACAGGCAGGCGAAAAUUCCAAAAUUUAAAUCGGAAAUGAUCUUCAUAGGAUCUCGGACACCUUGUGGCAUCACUAUAAAACAUAUUAUCCUCAACUUGACAAUUUCAGUGCCCCGUCAGAACUCCGAAGAGAUCGAAACUCUAUUCCAUGAGCCCACGAUUAUGCACCGUUUGUUCCGCGAUUACUAUGCGCCAUUUAUUCUCAGGCCAUGGGUAAAGGCGAUCAGUUGGCUCUUCUUCUUGAUCUACAUCUGCAUUAGUUUCUACGGUUGUGCCAACAUGAAGGUCGACAUCAGUCCCAAGAAGUAUAUCCGAGAUAAUUCUCCCAUUCAAACUUUUGUUCACUUGGCUGGUAAGUAUAAUCGGAGUAGAAUUUAACGUGACCUAUGACUUUCAGACAAGUACAUUUGGGCUGACAAUGUGAUGCCGCAUAUCCAUAUUAUGAAGCCUCCAGAUUUCCGAAAUGAUUAUGACAGGAAUCGAUUAAACGAGCUGGUGUUCCGUUUGGAGAAUACGGAUUACUCGAUUGGCAGAGUCUCGACCAACUUUUGGCUUUGGGAAUAUCAAAACUUCCUCAACGAUUUUCCCGAAGUUGUUUAUUCACGGGAUUUCUACAAGAGAAAGUAUUUGAAACAAUUCUUCGGUCAAUUCGAUUAUAUUCAAUUCCGACAGAUGGUUAAAAUUAAUGACUCCGUCCCUGAUGGAGAACCUUGCAUCUCCGCAUUUACUUUCCAGACCUCCUUCUAUGGGUGGGUACUUUAAUUGGGCUUUUUUUUUACUUACGAGGGAAUGGUCUGAACUUCCCCCAGCGUUUGGGAAAAUGACUAGUACAGGUGGAUAGAGCAUGUCAACUUUGGUAAAAAAGAGCCCUUUUCUAGCUGCGGAAUAAGCUCGGCCGACGAGAAAAAUCGACCGAAAGUUCCACAAAAAUUUCCUCUUUCUCUUCCCUCGGAAAAGAAGAGCGCUGUCCAAUGGUUCGGUUAGCCGAGUGGAUAAAACAUCUUGCUCAUCAAAGCCUUAUCACGGUCCUCCACGAGACCCCGGAACCGAACCAACCCCCAAAAGAAUACCGAGCGGAUGUUUUUUUAUCCACUCGGCUAACCGAACCAUUGGACACCGCUCUUCUUUUCCGAGGGAAGAGAAAGAGGAAAUUUUCGUGGAACUUUCGGUCGAUUUUUCUCGUCGGCCGGGCUUAUUCCGCAGCUGGAAAAUGGCUCUUUUUACCAAAGUUGACAUGCUCUAUCCACCUGUACUAGUCAUUUUCCCAAACGCUGGGGGAAGUUCAGACCAUUCCCUCGUUACAUAUUUUUCGAAAUUUGCAAAAAAAUUGUUUAGUCUCGACUCCUGGGACAAGCGACAAGCCGAGCUUUUCCAUUGGCGCCGAAUCAUUGAUGACUAUCCAGAAUACGAUGGAUUCUUGGCUAAUAUCUUCUCUCCAUUCUUGAUUGAUCAACGUCGAACAAUUGCGCCAUCUUCCAUGCAGUCGGUGGGGUCUGCCAUUGCUGUUAUGGCACUCAUCUCGAUGUUCUUCUUGCCGGAUAAGGUGAGAUCUUGAUUCAAAUCGGCUUGUUAGACCAUUUUUUGUGAUACAGUUAGCUCAAAUUUGUUCUUUACAACUCAACAUGUAUGAAUUUACAUUGUUUUCCAGCUCUCCGUAUUCAUCAUGUCCUUUUCGCUUAUCUCGAUUUCAACGGGCGUCUGCGGCUUCUUAUGUCUCUGGGGAUCGGACCUGGACUCGGUCUCCAUGGGUUGCAUUAUCAUGGCUAUUGGGCUGGCCGUCGACUUCUCCAUCCACAUCUGCUACCGUUACCAUCUUUCGGAGGAGCCUACGGCCGAUGGAAAGGUCAUCGAUACCCUCUCCAUUGUGGGCUACCCUGUUCUUCAAGCUGGCUCUUCUACGCUCUGGGCGAUGACGACGCUCCCAUGGAUCCCGGCUUAUCUUGUUCGAGUAUUCUUCCAGACUGUGGUCUUGGUGAAUAUCUUUGGGUUGUUGCAUGCCCUUUUAUGGCUGCCUCAGUUCAUUUCGGCUAUUGAUCCCAUUGCCAGAAUCCCCAGAAGACAUGCUCACAGUGAUUAA